AUGGACAAUCAUUGUCUAACCCGACUCCCGACGGAAUUUCCGACGGAAGAUCUCGAUGUGCAACGGACUCAGACGACCUGGCCCGCCGUCAAAAGCAUGGGCCCCCUGCGCGAGGCCGUCUUCGUCUUCAUCGCGUGCAUGGCCCAGUUCAUGACCCAGGCCGGCCUCGGCUCUACCCUCGCGCCGCUGACCAUCAUCGGCGAGGAUUUGGGCGUCCACAACGACGGCAUUCUCAGCUGGUUCAUCGCGGGGUAUUCCCUGACCUCGGGGACCUUCAUCCUGUUUUUCGGCCGCCUCGGGGACCUGAUCGGUUAUCGCCCCGUGUUCAUACUCGGCUUCGCCUGGUUUUCCCUCUGGUCGAUCGUCGCCGGGCUUAGUGUCUACAGCAACCACAUCCUCUUCAUUUUUGCCCGUACCCUGCAGGGCUUGGGCCCGGCGAUGCUGCUCCCCAACGCGCUCGCCAUCCUGGGGUCCACGUACCCCCCGGGCACCAAGAAGAACAUGGUCUUCUCCCUGUUCGGCGCGACCGCGCCCAACGGGGCUAUCAUCGGGGGCGUUUUCGCGGCCCUGUUCAGCCAGUUGGCCUGGUGGCCGUGGACCUUCUGGGCCUGUGCCAUCGCCUGCGCCAUCUUCGCCGUCGUGGGAUGCAUGGUUAUCCCUCCCAUCUACCACGAACCGGAGCACCCCCCGCGCACCGUGAAGGACUGGAUCCAGCAGCUCGACGUCAUAGGGGCCGUUCUCGGCGUCGGCGGGCUCGUCCUUAUCAAUGUCGCCUGGUGUCAGGGCCCCGUGGCCGGUUGGACGACGGUCUACGUCUACGUUGUGCUCAUCAUUGGGGCCGUGCUGCUGGCCCUUUUCUUCGCCUGGGAGCUGUGGAUCGCCACGCACCCGCUCAUCCCGCUGCACGCCUUGUCCCUCGACGUCCUCUACGUCCUGGGCUGCAUGGCCUGCGGCUGGGGCAGCUUCGGCAUCUGGGUCUACUACUUCUGGCUCUUCCUCGAGCACAUCCGGGGGAACACCCCCUUGCUGUCCGCCGCGCAGUUCGCCCCCCCGUGCAUCUCCGGCCUGAUCGCCGCCUUCACCACCGGAUAUCUCAUGGGCCGUCUGCGCCCUGCAUGGAUUAUGCUCAUGUCCAUGGUCGCCUUCGCCCUGGGUGUUGUGUUCCUGGCCAUCGCGCCCGUCGGGCAGACCUACUGGGCCCUGACGUUCGUGUCCCUCGUCAUCACCCCGUGGGGGAUGGACAUGUCGUUUCCUGCGAGCACCGUGCUGCUGUCUGAUGCCGUCGAGCGCCACCACCAGGGCAUCGCCGCGUCGCUGGUCACCACCGUCGUCAACUACAGCAUCUCCUUGGGGUUGGGCUUCGCGGGCACCGUCGAGGUACACGUCAACCGAGGAGGGAAAAACUUCCACGACAAAUUGUUCGGCUAUCGGGCGGCCCUGUAUAUGGGAAUUGGACUUGCGGGGCUGGGAGUGGCCACUAGUCUGGUGUAUCUGGUUAAGACGAAGGUGAAGCGCACGACUCCAUCGGUCGAAGAGGGCGAGAAACAAGCACAAUAG